AUGAAUUCACUCGCCAUCAUUUUCGCUGUGUUGUGGUUAUUGUCGAAUACGACGGUGGCAGCUUGGUACGGCUCCGUUUACUUCUACAAGGACACCAACUUUCGUGGGGGCCUUUACCCCCUCGACAUCUCCGAGACGCAAAAGUGCUUCAACAUGCUCUGCUUCGACGACAAGGUUUCCUCGUCACACAUCGCGUUCUACACGAGCAAGGACUGUGUUGGGCCCCACAUCCACCUGCCGACGGACGCGUUCAUCAAUGGCAAGAGAGACAACUUCCCAAUCAACUUGGGGAAGUACGCCAUGAACAAUAAACUCACGUCAUUCAUGAUCUGGGAGACGAGCGAGAAGGUCAUAAACGGCAUCACGACGUUGUGCAAAGGGUUGUACAGUUAG